GCCCUCGCCGAGAAGCAGCGAGCCGCCGAAGAAGCUGAGAAAGCAAAAAUGAAGGCACGAGAGGAGCGGGAGCAGUUCCUCCGGGAGGCUGAAGAAGCCAAGCAGAAGGCUCUUGAAGAGCAACAGCAGGCAGCCGCAGAAGCAGAGGAAGCAAAGCUCAAGGCCAAUGCCGAGCAGGAAAAGUUCUUCCGCGAGGCUGAAGAAGCCAAGCAGAAGGCUCUUGCUGCGCAACAGCGAGUUGCAGAAGAAGCAGAGCAAGCAAAGCUCAAGGCCUCGGCAGAGCAGGAGAAGUUCCUCCGCGAAGCCGAAGAGGCGAAGCAGAAGGCCUUGGAAGAGCAGCAGCAAGCUGCGGAGCAAGCAGCUGAAGCAAAGCGGAAGGCCCUCGCCGAACAACAGAAGGCUGUUGAGGAAGCAGAGCAAGCCAAAAUCAAGGCCCGCGAGGAUCAGGAGAAAUUCCUGCGCGAGGCAGAAGAGGCCAAACAGCAGGCGAAUGCCGAGCAGGAGAAGUUCUUCCGCGAGGCUGAGGAAGCCAAGCAGAAGGCCCUUCUAGAGCAGCAGAAAGCGGCGGAGGAAGCCGCCGAGGCAAAACAAAAGGCCCUUGCCGAGCAACAGAGGGCUGCUGAAGAAGCAGAGGAAGCCAAAGUGAAGGCCCGCGAAGAGCAGGAAAAGUUUCUCCGCGAGGCUGAAGAAGCCAAGCAAAAGGCUAUUGAAGAGCAGCAGAGGGCAGCGGCGGAAGCGGAAGAAGCCAAGCUAAAGGCCCUUCAAGAGCAGCAGAAGGCCGCUGAGGAAGCUGCAGAGGCGAAGCAGAAGGCCAUUGCCGAGCAGCAGAAAGCAGCUGAAGAAGCAGAGGAAGCGAAGCUGAAGGCACGUCAGGAGCAGGAGCAGUUUUUGCGCGAGGCUGAGGAAGCCAAGCAGAAGGCCCUAGAAGAGCAGCAGAAAGCUGCAGUGGAAGCUGCAGAGGCCAAGCAGAAGGCCCUUGCCGAGCAGCAGAAGGCUGCUGAAGAAGCUGAGGAAGCAAAGUUGAAGGCGCGCCAGGAGCAGGAGAAGUUUCUCCGCGAGGCUGAA